AUGGUGGUCGACGAUGCGCGCAUGGUGUCGUCUCUCGUGGCCGCGGGCUGCAACCCCAACCUCCUCGACACCGUAAUCGUGCUCUCGGUCGACGCUCAGCGCCUCCUUCGCUUCGAAGUGCAGCUGCGUCGCGACGCGAGCCUCGCUGCUGGGCACGUGCUCAAUACGACGUUUGGCGUGUACCAUACGACGACCGACCUCGCACCGACGCUCGCUCGGUUGCUACGACCGCUUGAGCCAACAAGCUCGGGCAAUGCCGUCCGCGAGAUCAUUGACCCCAACUUGCAGUGUAUUGUGCACGGUCAUACGCGAUUUGACCGAGACCCGCACUAUGACCGCGUAUGCAGCCCCGUGUACAUCGCGAAUGCAAGGUCAUCGCGCUUCCAGUGGCUCCCGACAACGAUCCAAUUCGACGCCGGCCGUAUCACGUACCGCGCGUACUUCAACAACAUUCCGAGCCAGCACACACGCCUUCUCGCAGCGCUCCGGCAGCUUAUUCAAGAGCUGCGGCCGCUCUGGCAACUCUCCGUGACAGCCAACGCCAUGGACCACAGUCCGCAGAUUCGCAUUCCAGUGUCGGCGCCGACACCGGUGUUACCGCCGACGCUACCACGUGACUUUUUCAUCCUGCAAAGUGCCGCGCUGGAGACCACGGCGACGCUGCAGGUGGUCGUACAAGCGCAAGCGCUGCUCGUGUCGUCGACAUCGCCGACGCAUCACGGUCUCUCGUGGCAAACCAACGGCUCGGGGUGCACCAGCGACGGAGUCGUUGCGACCGGUCUUGUGGUCUACUCGGCCGACCACGUCACGGCGCUUCCAAAACUCCACUUUCGGCAGUCCUUUACGAAGCGGACAUGGGUGCCCAACCCGUUAAACCCGGCCCAAGAGGUGCCAUGGCACGAGUGCCAUUGGUCCGGGCACCAAGAAACCGGUUUUGUGACGCUGCACGUCGGUCGACUCGUGACGAUCCCGACCUGUGUCGACUACCGUCGCUCGUCCUUUGAGCUUCAAAAGCAUGCUGCGUCCCACGGCGCCGUGCGACUCCUUCGCGUGUACCUUGUGCAACCAGACGCGCGCAAAAUGCUCUUGUCGACCGAGUUUGUGCCACCGCCGUACGAAGCGCUGCCGCAACUGCCAUUGCCCGAGCCCGUCGUCGAUAUGGUUUGGGCGUUUGUCGGUGCGCGGGCCGAACGGCUGGCAGCGUCGCAAUAG